CUUCAGCAAAUCCUGCCGAUUGCCAAGUGCUGCUCGGUGAACGCAGUCACUCGUUCAUAUAAUGGGGUAGAUGGAGUGUCGAAAUUUGAAGGAAACUCAACAAUGAUUCACAGAGAAGAUACUGAGCGUGCAGUGCAAUUACUUGCAAAGUAUGGCAUGAACCUUCCAGAACUAGAGGCAGAACAGCUCCGAGUGGCGAUCGAGAAAGUCACAAACAUUUUAAAAAGUGACUUGUUCCAAGCACUGUUAGAUAUUCGGGAAUUCUAUGAAGUGACCUUAGCUGCUGCACUCAAACCUACUGAUCAUAAUCUUCUCGCAAGCAAUCUAUUUUCAACUGAGAUGGGGAGGAAAUCAACAUUUGCAAGGAUUGAACUUCUCAGUUUAGAGAGAUGUAUCUACAAUGAUGGUGACAUCAUCAACCAUCAUCCUCCUAACCAGAUUCACAGUGAAGAUAUUCCCAAACUCAUACAGAUAAAGGAGACAAAUAUAGUUGAAGUUGAGAAUAUUUGUAGCUAUGUAUCACCCAUCCAUACAUCCUGUCCGGAGGCAAACCCUCCACCCAUUAUUGUGAACACUGAUUCUCUGGAUUCUGGGCCUUAUGCUAAUGGAAGUGAUGGAAUGUACAAAUAUGAAGAGAUAAUCCUGGAGCGUGGUAAUUCAGGCCUUGGAUUUAGCAUUGCUGGAGGAAUUGAUAAUCCUCAUGUUCCAGAUGAUCCUGGGAUUUUUAUUACCAAAAUUAUUCCUGGUGGGGCUGCUGCAAUGGAUGGACGACUUGGGGUCAAUGACUGUGUACUUCGAGUCAAUGAUGUGGAUGUUUCUGAGGUUGUUCACAGUAAAGCAGUGGAGGCACUGAAGGAGGCAGGACCUGUUGUCCGACUGUUAGUUCGUAGAAGACAGCCAGCCGCAGAGGCUAUAUUAGAAGUGAAUCUUUUGAAAGGACCUAAAGGUCUUGGAUUCAGUAUUGCUGGAGGAAUUGGGAACCAGCACAUUCCAGGAGAUAACAGUAUCUAUAUUACUAAAAUCAUUGAAGGAGGUGCAGCCCAGAAAGAUGGUAGACUGCAGACAGGAGAUCGGCUGCUUGCUGUCAAUAACAUCAGUCUGCAGGAGGUGCGGCAUGAAGAAGCUGUGGCUGCUCUCAAGAAUACUUCAGAUAUGGUUUAUUUGAAAGUUGCUAAACCUGGUGGCAGUCACCUCAAUGACAUAUACGCCCCUCCUGAUUAUGCAAGCACAUUUUCUGCCCUGACUGAUAAUCAUGUGAAUUCCGGUAUGAGUUACAUGGGUGGUGUUGAGAAUAAACCAACAUAUCCGCUGCCGGCAAUCACUUCAGGACGAUACUCUCCAGUCCCUCGGCAUGUGAUGGGAGAUGAAGACUUCACAAGGGAACCAAGAAAAAUUGUCCUUCACAAAGGAUCCACAGGAUUAGGCUUUAACAUUGUCGGUGGAGAAGAUGGUGAAGGGAUUUUUGUAUCUUUCAUCUUGGCGGGUGGACCAGCAGACCUCAGUGGAGAGCUACGAAGAGGAGAUCGGAUUUUAUCAGUGAACGGUGUAAACCUUCGGAGUGCUACCCAUGAGCAGGCAGCAGCAGCACUCAAAAGAGCUGGUCAGACUGUGACCAUUGUUGCCCAAUACAGACCAGAAGAGUACAGCCGUUUUGAGUCUAAAAUCCAUGACCUUCGGGAACAGAUGAUGAACAGCAGUAUGAGCUCUGGAUCCGGCUCCCUACGGACCAGUGAGAAACGCUCGCUUUAUGUCCGUGCUCUUUUUGACUACGAUAGAACCAAAGACAGUUGUCUGCCAAGUCAAGGGCUGAGUUUCUUGUAUGGUGAUAUUUUACAUGUCAUUAAUGCCUCUGAUGAUGAAUGGUGGCAAGCGCGACUUGUUACACCUCAUGGCGAGAGUGAGCAGAUUGGUGUCAUACCAAGCAAGAAACGCGUUGAGAAGAAAGAGCGAGCAAGAUUAAAAACCGUAAAAUUCCAUGCCAGGCCUGGAGUUAUUGAAAUGAAAGGGUCAUCCAGAGCCAAGCGUAAAAAGAGCAUCUUGUCUCGAAAGUUUACCUUCUACAGGAGCAAGGAGAAUAUUGUACAGGAGCACACAGGUGAUCAUGGCCAGUGUAUGACGUCCAACACCAGUGACAGUGAAAGCAGCUCCAAGGGUCAGGAUGAUACUGUUCUAUCUUAUGAAGCAGUGACUCGCCUGGAGAUUCACUAUGCUCGGCCAAUAAUAAUUCUGGGACCAAUGAAGGACAGAAUUAAUGAUGAUUUGAUUUCAGAGUUUCCAAAUAAAUUUGGUUCCUGUGUACCACACACCACCAGGUCAAGACGUGAAAAUGAAAUUGAUGGGCAGGAUUAUCACUUUGUGACUUCCCGGGAGCAAAUGGAGAAAGAUAUUCAGGACAAUAAGUUCAUUGAAGCUGGCCAAUAUAAUGACAACCUGUAUGGGACAAGUAUUCAGUCUGUUAGAGCUGUUGCUGAAAGGGGAAAACAUUGCAUACUUGAUGUGUCUGGAAAUGCAAUCAAGAGGUUACAGCUUGCACUACUCUAUUCAAUUGCCAUUUUCAUCAAACCCAAAUCUGUGCAAUCCCUAAUGGAGAUGAAUAAACGUCAAACUGAAGAACAAGCAACCAAAACUUUUGAUAAAGCAUUGAAGUUAGAGCAAGAAUUUGGAGAGUAUUUCACAGCCAUUGUACAGGGAGACUCAUUAGAAGAGAUCUACAACAAAAUUAAACAGGUUAUUGAAGAACAAUCUGGUCCCUACAUCUGGAUUCCUUCAUCUGAAAAACUCUAAACAUGGCCCAAUGUUUAGAGGGAAGAUAUUGUUGGGAGGUGAAAAGUCCUCCUUUUAAGAUAUGUUGCAUAUCGAGUUUUAUCUUUCUCAUUAUGUUAUGAAUCCUCACCGUCGCUGUGGCUGUUUCCAUUCUGCAUGGUUUUUAUGGAAUUCCAUCAAAGACAUGGAAAUGCACACCUGAAUAUUUUACAGAACAUCUUCAGGAAACAUGACCAGGAUUGGUAACAAGUUUGUACAUUUAUAUUACCUGAAGAUCAGCUUGGAGAGUUUCAUAUCGACUAAGCAGUGGUUUUAAAGAACCUGUGUUCACAGGGGAUUCUGUUGGUGCCAUUCCUUAACAAAAAAGAUCUAUCUGAAAUUUCCUAAUACAGAUAGGUUUGAAAGAAGAGAAAACCACUAUUCUUCUGUGAUCACACAUAGCAGUGCUUUUAAAGACAUACACAAUUCCUCAUUGCAAGAGGAGAAUAAGAGAAUGAAAAUCGGAAAAGAAUCUUAAAUCAUAAUUAUGGUACUGUAGAUGAAAAUAUACAAAAUUUUCAACAUAUUAAAUUGCACAUUGUUUUACACAUGAAAACAUGGUUGUCUGCAUGGACAUUUUACAUUUUUUGCUGUUUUUUUUAAGAAAAGUGAUUCCAAUAAGAACUGAGCAGGUGAAUGAUAAAGAAUGUAUCAAUUGCUCAGAUUGAUGCUGUUGAUGUGACUUUGUAUGAAUGAAAUGUUUGAAAUGUAUUUUUGUGUUUACCUAAACCCUGUGUCUCCCAUUUAGUGAAAUCGAUCAUUCUUUAACAACUGGAUUUAAUUUGAAUUUGUAACGUCAAGUAACCUGCUUUACACCUCUCUACACUUUUAUCAUAAAUCAAAUCUAUCUAACUUGUCGGUACACAAUGCAAGUAUUGGUUCCUUUCAUGUAUUGACAUACAGUUGUUGUACAAUAGUCCCCUUUAAUUUAGGAACCAAGAUACCUGCAUUUUAAGUUUUCGAGGUGAAAGUAAAACAACUGAACAGAAUGUGAAAGAUGUAAGUUGUAACCAUGAAAGUCUUUACCAACUGAGUGAGUUCUACCUACAAAGCAUAAGGAGGCUGUAACAGUUUGACUUUUUUCAAAGGCAGUGUUCAAUCCAAAAACAAUGCUAUCCAAAUUCAACAGUGAGUACAAACUUUAGUAGUAGUAUGAUUUUUAUUACUUUAAAAAGAGUUCUGGAUCUUUUAUGUGUGGGUUGGGUGGAUGUGAGGAACAGGCAGGGGACCGAAAUAUGAGUUUACUUGCCACAGAACAUACUAUUGAUGUUUGUGAUGCAGGAUGUAAUUUUUGAAAUAUGUAUAAACCACAUGAAUGUGGUUCAUCUUUAGACAUUCAUGAUUGUUGCUUUUGAAUAAUCAUGAAAGGAGUUGAUCGAGAGCUCUUAAUUUACUACAGUUUCCCUUGCGAGGGAUUAGUCUGUUCAUCUUGGGGGGGUGGGGUGGGAAAGCUUGAAUUACUUGCUCCUAUCCUUCACUGACUCUUGUUCAUAAAUCUGAUCAGUGAUCACUGUUGCACUCCAUAAGAUAUUAAUGUUGCAUGUAAAACCAGUUUUUACAUAUUUUUAGUGUAAAUAGUCAAGCUCCAACUUUUAUCAACAAACAAAUUAUCCAGUAGGAUUCCCCACAAGGUGACUGUGUCAACACAUAAGUGCAGUUAUUCCUGGCCUCUUAUUAUGGACUACUGUAUUAUGUAUAGCAGUUUAUCUAUUACACUGCAAAAAUGUUAUUUUCAAAUGGUAGUUGGAAGAGUAUAGCACAACAAAACAGAGAGACACAUCGGACAAUUACUGAAUGGAUUGAGAGUAAGACAGGAAACCUGUGCCAUCUUUCUCUUUAUUUAGUCCAACUCUCAUAUAGUGACAAUGUGUGGUAAAUUAUUCAUGUCAAGUUGUUAGCAGAAGGGGAGAUCAAGUGCCUAUGUUGUAAUACUUAAGGCCAUUCUACAUUUGGAUUCAUUUCCCCUCUGUACUGUGGCACAGCACUGUGAUCUUUUAAAUGCUCCACUUUGUAGUUGGGUUUUGCUUCCUCCUAGAUACAUAAAUUACAGGAAUGGGCUUUAUAUUUCAGGCUGUGAUUUUACAAUUAAGAAUAUUUUUAAACUCUCAGGGUUUCCAAUGGAGUACCUUUGAUAAUUAGCCCAAGCAUGGUAAAUAAUUCCACUUCUAGGGUGGGGCUUGUGUGCCUGUUCUUAACUCGGCCAAGUCACUGUAUAUAUAGUAAUAGCAAUGAGAUCAGAUUGGAAUGCUGACUUCCAUUUCAUGAGUUGAAGGGUUCUUCUUGUUAAAAUUUUGCAGAUGGACUCUACAUUUUCUUCACAUUAUUUUUGUAAAUAUUUUACUUUUUCCAUCCCAGAAAUUAGUCUUUUAUAGAUAAUUCUUCCCAAAGUAAACUAACAUUCAAGCAGACUAACAUUUUGAUCAAUUUCCACGCAGUUACUCAAAAUUUAUACUUGUAGCCAUAGUUAUGUUUGCUGACUUCACAAUAGCUCAACUUGAUUAUGUGAGCAUUUCUGUCCAUCAAUGACCCAUGAAAUCUGGCAAGUAACAUGCUGAGUUAAAAGUUUUGUAAUUUGCACAGAUUAAACAGAGUUUAAUAUUAUAUUUUCAAAUUUGGAAAUAGUCAGAAAUGGUCCUCAACCUUUACUUGAAGGAAACAUCAAUUCCAUCCCAAUAUUUAGUAAAAAUUAAGCUUCAUUUGUCAUGCCUCUACAUUUUUCUUUUUGCCCAUGAAUGAUAGUUACCUGUUGGAUUUCCAAUGACACUAAUUUUUGAAAGUAUCUCAUAUUUUUAUUGCUGAAACUAGUAUUCAUUUUGUUCUUAUUUUUAAAAGGGCCAUGGCUUAGGUUAAUUUAUCUUGCCCAUUUGUUUAGAGUUUUUCUUGGCACAUUUAAAUGUAAAAGUUAUAUUUACUUGUUAUUACAUUUCAAACACAUCAUAAUUUAACUGCAUGUUACAUGCCAAGGUUUGGAAGUUACACUAUUGAUUGGUUUUUGCACAAGAUUUGAUUGUCCAAGAUUUAUCUAUAAUUCCACAAUUUCUCAUUUGAGUGGCAUUUGCUUCUCUUGCAACACUCCCAUCCAUAGCUGCAAUAUGCAGCCUAAUCUAUUGUAUGAUCAUCAAGGCCUAGAUUUUGCACUGCACUUAGUGUAUGAAAAUUCUUUCUCCCCCCUUUUUAACAAAAGUAUUACUCUCUUUAUAUUAGAAGUAAAGCUGUGUAAUGUCUAAGAUAAAAUGUGCUGUAUACUGUAUACCUGAUGGCCUCCUCCACUUGAUAAGGAUUAUUUUCUUGUACAUGCACAGAUAUAAAUGUAUAAAUUUUGAAAAUCAUAAACUUCAGCUACCAGACCAGGAAUACAUUUAAACAUUUAGGGCCAGUAAUAAUUUAUGUUUUAAAAAGUCACAUUAAAUAUUUAGAGCAGCAAGAUUUAAACUAAACUGAACUUUGGAAUAAUGAGACGGUUGCCCUGUCUAUUUCAAUUUAUUCUACUUUGAUCAUUGUUUACAGUACAUAGUGACAUUAGAUUAAAAAGCAGUCUUUAAAGAGCAAAUCUGUUUUUUUUUGUUGGAAUUUCUAAUCUUAAGUAAUUUGAUGGUGUUCUAAAGAAUUAUAGGGUAAAGAAAAUGUAUGACUUAAGUCAUGAGACAUUUUUAUGUGAACCACACACUAAAGUAUAAGCUGUGGAAGAUUUAUUUUAGGUUUGAAACAGCUGUAAAUAUUCAAAUGACAUUUAAAAUGUUUUAACUUGGUUAAGCACUGUGCAAGAUAUUUUUUCUCAUUUAAAUUGAGGAAAUAUUAACAUUUUAUUAUUAUUAGACCAACAAAUACAUUGGGACCAGAGUAUAUUUGAAAAAUCUCCAUUUAAAAACUAUUUUCAUAGCCUAUAGCUUUUAAAUCAAAAUAGAUGGAGAUUCAUCUCAUUUCUGUUAUCAAUACUCAAUAAUUCUAGCCAGCUAAUAGUAAAUAUAAGUAAUUCAAAGGGCUAAAUUCUGCAGUCACAGCAUCAACGAGCCGGAUUUUCAAUCACAAAGAGUCAAAUCUUGAAAAAAGGUUGAAUUCUUAGUAAUCAAAUGCUUAACAAUAGAUUGAAUUGUGACCAUUUUGAAAUGUAGUCUAUACAGAACAUCCCCAGAUGACAUUUUUGCUCUGAUGCCUUUAGGUUGUAAAUAUUGUGGAAUAAUGGGUCCAACAAGGCCUCACCUGAAGAUAGUUUACAAGUGAGCAUGAAUUUAUGUUAUCCUGCUUUUGAGAAUAACAUGAAGUAAAACUCAGAGUUGUAGUUUUAUUCAUUCAUUAUGUGCAGACCAACAGAAAUCACCAAGGGCCUGAAAGUACAAUGUAGAAACAAAGUACUGAUAUUAGUAACACCUCUUAGUAACUGUGAUACUUUACUUACCUUUGGUAAACAGUUGAAAUGAAAAUUCACUUAGCAUUCAGGUGUAAACAUAUUAGCUUUUAUUUUAUUGGUAAAUAAAUAGGCAAAUUAAUAGUUGAAUGGAUUGGUAUACUAUACACAUUAGGAUGAGGCACUCCUAUUCAUCAGCAGUUCCAGGUUUGCUAUGUUCAGAUCAGAAAUAUGAUAGAUAACAAAAUUAAAAUUAUACCUGUAAGUUGGUGUGGGAUCACAUUUCUGUUGUGUUAAUUCUUGUGCCUAGCAGAGUCAUGGCUGCCAAAAAAGUAGACUACACCCUGGGAUAUCAGUCCUUGGGCAUAAACAUUGUAUAUUCUGUUAAGAAACUGUAGCUGUAGUAGGGCAUUUCCUGUGGUAGAUUAGUUAUCCUGAUGCAGCCAUUCUUUCCUGCAGCGACAUGUAAAUGGAUUGAUUAUCUUUUCCUUUUAGAAGCUCCACAUUUUGAAAUCGGUCUUUUGUAACCCAGGAGGGAUGGUAAGAGACAUUCUGGUUACAGAUGUUUGUUAUUUCCCGGAUUACGUAAUGUGGAAUAUCUAUAGGGUUCAAACGGUUGAAACAUUGGCAAAUCGAAGGAAUAAAAUAAUUCCUGUUUAUUUUAAAAAAAAUCAGCUCUGGAAAUAAAAAUAAAAUCAGUUUACUUUACUUAAAUUGA